ACUUUUGCAUGCCAGGUCCUGGACGUGCUUGCGAAAGUGGACGACUGGCAGUUCGAUGCGUUCAAAUUGAACGAGGUCAGCGGCGGGCGGCCGUUGUCGCUGCUGUCGUAUGCGCUGUUGAAGCGCUGUGAAGUGGCGGACAAGUUCGAAAUGGACGAUCAUCGGCUCGUCAAGUUCCUGAUGCGGAUUGAGGACGGGUACCCGAACAACCCGUACCACAACCGCAUCCAUGCAGCGGACGUGUUACAGAGCUUACAUGUGUUGGUCGUGCGGGGCGGCCUCAUCGGCCAUGGGUACUGCGACGAGGUGUCGCUCACGUCUUGCUACCUCUCGGCGAUUAUCCACGACUUCGAGCACAAGGGGGUUAACAACGAUUAUCUUAUUCGCGUCUCGGAUGGUCUCGCGGUGCUGUACAAUGACCGAUCGCCCAUGGAAAAUCACCAUCUGGCGGCGUCCUUUCAGCUCAUGAACUCGGACGAGUACAACUUCUUGCGCAAGAUGCCCAACAAGCUCCGGGAGACCCUUCGCAAGCAGAUUAUCGAGAUGGUGCUAGCCACGGACAUGAAGCAGCACUUCGCCAUCCACAGCAUGUUCCAGGCGAAGAUGCAGCUGAAUGGGUCGGUGCCGAGCGGUGGAAACGGGUCGGGCGGAAAGUCGAUGCGCACGUCGCCGCACCCUACAAGUCAGGACGGGCACAAAGUAAUCGAUGAGGACCAGCGAAGCCUCGUGCUACAGGUGGCGCUCAAAUGCGCUGAUCUGGGGCAUCUGGCCAGUCCCCGUGUCGUGCACAAGAAGUGGGUGCAGUACUUGGAGGAGGAGUUCUUCCGGCAGGGCGACCGGGAAAAGCAAAACGGCUUGACAGUGUCACCCCUCAUGGACAGGGAAAAGAACGGCAUUACGAAGUCGCAGGUCGGCUUCUUCGAUAUCGUGGCACUGCCACUGUUCCAGAGCUUCGCCCAGGCGUUCCAGGAUGCCACUCCUAUGCUGGAUGCGGUCAAGGACAAUUACGCCAUGUGGCGCGAGGAGGCGGCUGUGUACGCCAACGCGAACAGCGCCCGCAGCAGCAAAUGAUGUGGCCCCUGAUGUUGUAUUUUGC